GCUAGGGAGGGGGGCGGAUUUCAGGAGCUCUCCACCACAAACGUGUGCUUACCACCACAGGAAUGAAGCAAAUCAAACGGACGCCCAGCACACAGUUAUUUUGCAUAACUUUAUGGUUUAUUAUCUAAAUCAGCGUCUUUUUUGUUUCUCAUAGACUUAACAGGGAAAGUUUUAUAUCUGAGGAGGAAUACCUGCCAACGAACGGAACGCAUCAUCCGCAAACCGUCACACCUUCGCCUCAGUUGAGGAGAUCGGAUCUGCUUUCGGACUGCAUUUUCUUGUUUGUUUCUUUUUGAGGGUGAGGGACAAGUCCCUUGAAGAUUCCAGAGAAUGGUAAAUGAUCGAUGGAAAAUCAUGAACAGUGUUUCAGAACUCGAGGAUGGACAGCAGCAUAAAUCGCAGAGGAUGAGCUGUAGCUAUCUCCUAUGCACCAUCCUGCUCUUUGUUGCUGUGUUACUGGCUGUCACAGUAACCGGGAUCAUCCUUCUGAUGAACCAUUACCAAGCGCCCAGCGGCCCAGAUGCCCCCCCUCUCAUCAGCACUAACCAGGAUGAGGGUAAUGCCCUGGUAACCAUCGAGAGAGGUGACGGCUCCCGCAUCAACAUCUUUAUUGACCCCAACUGCCCCGACUACAACAAUAACUUCCUGCGUCUAGAGGGUGUGCAGACCUCACUGCUGCACUCACUCACCGACCAUGACACUGAUCUAAAGUCAGUGAAAGGGCAAGAUCGGGCUCUGCUUGUUAAACUGGCCGAGGAGGUGGCCAAGCUGUCCGCCCAUGCCAGUCAGCUGAAGAUGGAGUACAACGCGCUUAGACAAGGCCAGAGCAACAUUGGACAGGAGCUCAGCACUCUACAGACUGAACAGGGCCGGCUUAUUCAGCUGCUGUCAGAGAGCCAGAUCAACAUGGUGAAAGUGGUGAACUCUGUGAGCGAUGCACUCAGCUCCAUGCAGAAGGAAACCGGAAACAUCAAGAGCCGUCUCAAGGCAGAUCUGCAGAGGGCUCCGGUGCACAGCGUCCGGCCCAAGGGCUGCGCCGGUGGAGAAGGUUCCAGACCCAGGGAUUGCAGUGACAUAUAUGCCAGCGGGCAAAGAGAGGAUGGUAUCUACUCUGUGUUCCCCACACAUUACCCAGCAGGCUUCCAGGUCUUCUGUGACAUGACUACUGAUGGGGGCGGAUGGACGGUGAUUCAACGCAGAGAAGAUGGCUCUGUUAACUUUUUCCGUGACUGGGAAGCUUAUCGUGAAGGAUUUGGCAAGAUAACAGGAGAGCACUGGCUUGGCAUGAAACGAAUCCAUGCACUUACCAUUCAAGCCAACUACGAGCUGAGGAUUGACUUGGAGGACUUUGAGAACAGUACCUCCUUUGCAAAGUAUGGCUCUUUUGGAGUGGGGUUGUUCUCUGUUGACCCAGAUGAGGAUGGCUACCCACUGAGCGUUGCGGACUACUCUGGCACGGCAGGCGACUCGCUGCUCAAACACAACGGGAUGAAAUUCACCACUAAGGACAAGGACAACGACCACUCUGAGAAUAACUGCGCGUCCUUCUACCAUGGCGCCUGGUGGUACCGCAACUGCCACACCUCCAACCUCAACGGACAGUACCUGCGUGGCCAACACACCUCAUAUGCCGAUGGCAUCGAGUGGUCAUCCUGGACGGGUUGGCAGUACUCGCUGAAGUUCACAGAGAUGAAGAUCAGGCCAACCAAGGAGGAGAAUAAAUGAGUGAGAACUAGAAACCUCAACUAGAAGAGCUCAAAGGUGGCUGUAGGUGUUAAGAGACACUCAAUGCAGAAAUGCAAGAACUUUCCAGCGACAACUUCUUUCUCAUGUUUCUGUUUCUAUCCAUCUUUCAAACCCCGUUUUUCCCACCAUCUUGUAGUGUUUGUGCUAACGCCCAAUGGGCCGAUGUUUUUCUCUUGAUCUAUUGUUCACAUCUCUGAAUAUUAUUACAAAACAUUGCAGGUAUUGUCAAAAAUGUACUAAUGGAAGAAAAAAAAAUGAUAGUUGUUGUCAAAAAAAAAAAAAAAGAAAAAAGAAAAAAGAAAAAAACUUCUGUAGCUGUGAAAUUUAGCAAGAACGUGUAGCUUUUCAUAAAAAUAAAGACUUUUAACUCUUCAGACAUCUGACGGAGAGGCAGCUUGUCCUAUGUUAUUUUCGUUCAGUGCUUAAUCAAUAACUCGUAGUUAAACAUGACAGUGUUGCUAUUGGCGUGUCCAGCCCUUGCUGUAAUAUCUGGGAGGUAACUAGAUUUUCCCACAUGACGAGUAAACACGUUAUUGACCACCAGGGAUGCUCAAAGAGAAUAUGUGUCACAGUGGUGGCUUUCAGAGUGAUGGGCCGCAACAGGCGCAUUUUUCACUCUGACAGGUCAGUCGGUGGAAGGUUUUAUCAGUAGAGAAGCUGAACGUCUCUCAGAAAACACAAUAACCCUUUGGUGUUACUGCCAGAUAGAAGAGUGUUGGAUUUUAUCUUAUGCACAGUAGGUCAGAUUCACCAGAAAUCACAAUGAGAUGGAUUGACAGAGCUUUAGGGCUUAACCUUGGAGAAGAUCUGAGAAUUGAACUUGGGUUCAACCUCUUUUUUGUUGUUGUGAACAGACCCGACUCUUCUGUUUUAAUAGUCAGAUCAUUUCAGUAGCUUAUUUAGUAGCUCAUUAGUUUGCCAUGAGUAUAUGAUCAUGUAUUAAUUUAAUGUCAUUUGUUUCAGGUAAACUGUGAAGUUCUCAAAAUCUUAUGCUGAAAGGAAUAGUUUACCCUAAAAUGCAAGGGGUCAAGAUUCGAAUUGCAUUUGGGCAUUUAAAGCAUGCAUAUUAGGCCUAUAACAAACAGACUGGCAAAAACACCAGUGCUUGGUAGGUUUUUAAGGCUCUUAAAAGUGUGAAAUUAACAACAAAAUACAUAUUUAUACAACAGUUAGUUCUCAGCCUGCUUAGUGGGGAUUCUUCAGCGACUCUUUAUGCAUGUUACAUUGUUACACCAGUAGGACGCAAUAAAUGAGUGAAUCCUUGAUUCAUUUACAUUCGAAAAACACAGAUUCAUUUGGAAACUAAACAAAAGGCUGUUUUAUGAGUGAACCAUUGAAUCAUUUACUUGCAUUAUUUGUUCAUAAAUAUGUUGGUUCAUUCAGAACGAAAGAGUGAUUAUUUAUAUGUCAACAGCUUACUGAUUUAUUCGAAAUAAUGAAUCAUUAAGGAAGAAACACCAAUGUUUGUUUGUUGCUCAGAGGCGUGCAACAAUUCUGUUUUGACUUUGUUUUCAUUGGUGGAGCAAAAAUAAAGUAUCUGGCAAUACAGUCUAAAUUUAUUUAACUGUUGUAUAACAUCAUGAAUGUGAAUGUAACUUGUCUUACUGAUUUUGGUGUAAACUAUUCCUAAUGUUGCUUCUCUUUCUGUUUGUAUUUUUUUUUUAAUCUAUGCAGACUUGGUUCACUAAUUUCUCUCUUUUUUUUCAUUUAUGGCACUGACAAUGAGCAUAUGUCAACUUUCCAAACAAUCAACUUGCAAUGUCCUUUUACCCAUUUACAUGUGUUUCAUGAGUCUUUGUAUUAGUUUUGACUGCACGAUUUUCAACAUGUCAACCUGCAGUUUUAUUUGUAUACUAAUGUAAUUUAUCCUGCGAAAUCCGUGUUAACUAACCCAGUGUUUGAAUGUGAAAAUCAGUUUCAUAAGUUUAUUUGUAUCUUUAUAUUUGUUGUGACUGUACAUUGAUUAUCCUAUCAAAGAUGAGCAUUGUCUGCACUUUAAACAGCAACAUCAAAAUACUAAUUACUAAUUAGAAUCACUUUUAUAUCUAUAUUGGAAGGAAUUAAAAAAAAAUAGUUUUAUGAAUCAAAGGAUAACUAAUCCCUCAGAUUAUUUAAAAAGUGCAAAGCAUUUCAAAAUCAGCCUGCUUUAUUCUUCAUUCAUGUUUCGAUGGCCAAUUGAACGCCAACCCCUACUGAAAAACCAAUUCUCCACCGUCAGAUGAGCUCAAAACUACAACAGAGCGAACCAAACUGACGGGUUUUGAUCAAGUUUGUGACACAUUCUCGCUCAAUAAAGAGAACCGCAGGCAUUUCUGUGAGGAGAAAUUGUUUAAGAAGAACGCCGCUAUGUAGAUUGAGUUUCACGGUCAAUUUUCUCUUGAAACCGUAGGAGGGCUUUCAAUGAUCCAGUUGUGAUGUACUAGCAUGCACAUUCAAAACGAAGAGAAAACACCAAUAAAAAAUAUCACCUCACCUCAUCCCACCAUGUUUUUUUUUUUUUUUUUUUUUUUUUUUUUUUUUGCUCUCCACAGGUAUUUUUAAAAGAAAUGUUGUUCUUUUUGGGUAUGAAACUGAUAAAUGUAAGAUAUGUACUGAGAUUGGUUUUGUUACGACAAAGAAGAGAACGUGCGACAGCUACUGCAUUUGGGGAAAGACAGAUUCUCAGUUCAUGUUGCUUUCUGUGAACUUCUUGGAACUCAGGAACCCCUGCCGAUGGCCUCUCAAACUACACCUGUCUGCUGACGGCACUUGCCAGUCAUCCGUGUAAAUAAUUUAACCGUGAAAUUGAGCAUGUCUUGCAGUAUAACAACACCCCAGGAUGACAAGAGGACAUUUUCCUUUCUUUACACAUCCUGCCCUCCUUAACAUUCCCUUUAAACUUACAAACCCAUCCUUUCUGACCAGCUAUAAAAGCUAUGAACGCAGAUACUGUACACUAUUAACAUUUGGUAUGCUCUGCUACAUUUUGGGAAUUAUGAUGGACUCAUAUUCCAUUUUAGGUCUUGUAUUAGCAGUAUUUUUUGUUGAUCAUUAAAAUGUGUUUAAUGAGUGACAUUUAAUAAACAUCCACACUUUCUAACAUA